UACGUACUUAACAUUUUUUAAAAAACUUUGUUGUAGGAUUUGAUAUUUGCGUAUGGCUUCGGUAUCGAAGGUUGAACAUUAUAUCUUUAUUAAUUAGCUAGGUACCAAAAACAUUAAAUCUUUAUUGUAUAUUAUUGUUGUUUUUUACCGCCAAAAAAUAUCAAUUGUUUUCAGUUCACAUAUAUAGCAACUCUCGGGAACAGAGAGAGCGAGCGAGAGUAGUGAUGAAGAAUGGGCGUGGGAGAGAGAGGCGCAGAGCCGCUGGCAAAGUAUUUCCAGAAGGAUGAGGAGAUGAUCGGAGCUGCCGGCUGUAGUCUCCGGAUGAUGGAUAACAUUCCCCAAAUCGACGUCUCUCUCCUUACUUCUCCUUCUCCGGCCACCGCCUCAGCCGAAUCCCAAGAGCUCGGCUCGGCCCUCUCCGCCAACGGCUUCUGCUUUCUGAUCAACCAUGGAAUGACACGCGAGUUUCUGGACGGCCUGCGUGACAUCAUGACCGACUUUUUCCAGCUCCCACUGGAAGAGAAGCGCAAGUGCAAAGCAGAGUCAUCAGCUGCUGCUGCUGGUUUGGAUCAUCACUUUGGCUAUGAAGCUGACGAACCCUCUGAAACCGGUGGACCUCAUGACUGGUGCGAACGCUUGGCCAUUACCCUAAUCCCAGAGAGCCAAAGCCAGUUCCAGUGCAUGAUGCCUCACAUGUCAAACACAAUCAAGAACUGAAUACAAGAGAUUUACGUGGUAUCCUCAACGAGUAUCGUUGAGACUAAUCCACGGAGAGGACCAACCUCUCAGAGUCAAUCGUAUUAUCAGAGAAUGCUUAGGUUACAACUGACGGCCAUGCUACGUAUAUAUAUCCAGCCGCCCUAACCCUAUCUCGGUAGUAAUAGGUAAUUAACAUAUAUAAUUCAG